AUGGCCAGUGGCACACGCUCCAAAGCGGACUCUGACAUGAAACAAAAAAUAGCUGAACUCAGAGAACUCGCGGCCGUCAUGUAUGACGAUGAGGCAAAGCAGAAAGAAUAUGUGAGGGCAGAAUUUGAGAAGGAGAGGGAAGAAAGUAGAAAGGAGAAGGAAAGGGAACAUGAAAUAGCUAUGGAAAGAGAGAAAAGGGAAGCUGAAGUAGCUGUAGCUAUAGCUAUAGCUAAAGAAAAGGAAAUCACGGAGCGAGAAAGGGAAAAACAAAUAACUGAGAGAGAAAGGAUAACCGCGGAGAAAGAAAACGGAACCGCCAGUCAAGCUUCCUCCGGAUCUCGCCCGGCUAGCCCUGCCUCCCAGCAAAGAGCAGCAAGCCGCUACACCAGCCGCAUAGCUUCAGCUGCAGACCGGUACGCGACUGCCCGCAAAGACGUUAAGGACACCAAAAGCAAGACCUCAGCCUCGGACAAACCAGAGGACCAGCCAACUUCUUCCAAUAAACACGCUCCUUCUAGCCAACCCGCUCCUUUUGCUAAACCCCAGCACCAAAAAGCACCUAUCCAAAGACCAGCCACGCCUACUAGCUACGACAGACGAAGCCACCCGCCUCGACAUGGCCAGACCAAUAACCAUCACCGUGACCGGAACAGCACGAGUGAUCACAGGCCCAAUCGACAGCAGCAGGCUCCACGUACUGUGUCAGCCAUGACUGAGCUCCCUGAACCCUCUUUGCAUAAUCAGCCAUCGCCUCUUGAUGAGGAAGAGGAGGACUAUUACGUCAUAUCAGCGCUGACCGUGGCCCCUGAACCCACUGCUUGUGGCCUUACCCAACCGAUACCGCCUCACCCCACCAUAUCACCUCCUGGGGUAGAGACUAUUCUGAUUAACGGAUCUCCUGUCCAGGCACUAUUCGAUUCCGGAUGUGAGGUGAGCUCUGUCAUCAGCAAAGCACUGGUCGACCCAUCGGAUCUCACUGGUGGAUCAGUGACGGUCCAAUCUCUAGACCGUGGCAUUCCUCCGAAGGCUUAUCCUGUCGCUAGGGUCCACGUAGAAUGCAAGUACGUACAUGGCACCAUUGAUGCAGUAGUCAUGGACUCGCCAGUGUACGACUUCGUUCUAGGCUCCAGGUACAUACCUCUAGGAGUUGUCAAUAAACCAUACUUCUCUCUGCCUGUCGCUAUCAAACCACUAAUGCCUGGCACUGAUCCUGCCAGGAAGUCACAGAGGAAAGUAAACUUUCACUCUCGUGAAAGUGGGCCUCAUCACGGCUCCACCCAGACUUUAAGGCCACUCUUCCCUGACAUUGACCGUGUCUGGAAAAUUAGAGGCUACACCCGCCUGAAAACUUAG